AUGCCGGCCGCCUACCUCAUAUCCAGGACAAUCGAUCCCAUCUUCGCCGUGAGCGUCGGCAUCGUGGCAGCUGCUGUCCGGAUCAACAGGGAGGAAAAGGAGAGAGGAAAGACAACUCAAGAAACAAUCGAUAGCCUAAAUCGCCGGACCGCAAUGCUUUUUGGCAAUGACACACCUGCGACAAAGGCGGUCGAGAAGUGA